AUGGGCGCCGGGCGUCCUGGGCCGGGUGGACGGAGGCGCCGGCCCCGAGGAUGGCCGGGCGCUGGCGGCGGGGGCCCCGUGGCGCGGCGCACCCUGCUCGGGCUCUGCGUGCACGCGUGGCUGUGGGCGUCCUCGGGCGCCGCCGCCCAGGUCUUCAACCUGAGCCUGUCGGUGGACGAGGGGCUGCCGCCCGGCACGCCGGUGGGGGACCUCCGCGCGGCGCUGGACGCGGCGCAGCCGCCGGGGGCCGCCGGCUUCCUGCUGUCGGAGGACGCGGAGGACUCCCCGCUGCUGGACGACUUCCACGUGCACCCGGACACCGGCGUGAUCCGCACGGCGCGGCGCCUGGACCGGGAGCGGCGCGACCGCUACCGCUUCGUGGCCGCCACGCUGCUGGGCGCCGUGGUGCAGGUGGAGAUCCGCGUCCACGACGUGAACGACCACGCGCCGCGCUUCCCGCGCGACUCCCUGCGGCUCGACGUGUCCGAGCUCAGCCCGCCCGGCACCGCCUUCCGCCUGCCGGGCGCCCACGACCCCGACGCCGGGCUGUUCGGCACGCAGGGCUACAGCUUGGUUCCACCUCCGGAUGCGCCCGCGGACCCCGAGGGGCCGCUCUUCCAGCUGCGCUACGGGGCCCCGGCGUCCGCCUCGUCGGCGUCGUCGUCGCCGCCCCUGGAGCCGCUGGACUUGGUGCUCCUGCGGCGUCUGGACCGGGAGACCCGGGCGGUGCACGAGCUGCAGAUCGAGGCGUGGGACGGCGGCAGCCCGCGGCGCCGGGGCCGGCUGCGCGUGGAGCUGCGCGUGCUGGACGAGAACGACAACGCGCCCGCGUUCCAGCAGGCCGAGUACCGCGCCGCGGUGCGCGAGGACGCCCCGCCGGGCGCCGAGGUGUGCCGCGUGCGCGCCACCGACCGCGACCUGGGGCGCAACGGGCGCGUGCGCUACCGCCUCCGCGCGCGCCCGGGGCCCCCCGCGCCCGACGACGCCGCCGACGCCGCCGCCCCCUUCACCGUGGACGAGCUGAGCGGCGCGGUGCGGGUGCGGAGGCCGCUGGAUCGCGAGGCGCAGGCCUGGCACCAGCUGCUGGUCGAGGCCCGCGACGGGGGCGCCGAGCCCGAGGUCGCCACGGCGCGCGUGUCCAUCGCCGUGCUGGACGUGAAUGACAACCGGCCGGCCAUCCACCUGCUCUUCCUCACCGAGGGCGCCGCGGCCCGCGUCUCCGAGGGAGCCCGGCCCGGUGACUACGUGGCUCGCGUGUCGGUGUCGGACGCGGACGGCGACCCCGACGGGGGAGGGGAGGCGGCGUCCCCGGAGCCCGGCCCAGCAGGCCUCGGGGGCGGCGGCGUGUCGCUGUCCCUGGAGGGCGGGGAGGGCGCCUUCGCGCUGCGCCCCGGGGGCGCCCCGGGCGUCUUCUUCCUGUGCGUGGCGGGGCCCCUGGACCGGGAGAGCCGGGAUCUGUACGAGUUGCGCCUGCGGGCCACGGACGCGGGGGCCCCGCCGCUGAGCACCGAGGAGACCCUGCUGCUCCGGGUCGCCGACCUCAACGACCAGCCGCCGGUCUUCAGCCAGGAGCUCUACCGGGCCUCGGUAUCCGAGGCCGCGGCCCCGGGCACCACGGUGCUGUGGGUCGGCGCCUCGGACGCCGACGAGCCGGGCACGGAGCACGCCCGGCUGCGCUACGCGCUCGCGCCGCCGCCACCCGCGGCCGAGAGCGGCGCCCCGGCCUUCGCCGUCCAUCCCGAGAGCGGCGCCGUCAGCACCGUCCGCGCCCUGGACCGCGAGGCCCAGGCGGAGGUGGAGCUGAGGGUGGUGGCCCGGGACCUCGGGGACCCCCCGCUCUCCGCCACCUGCCGGGUGCGCAUCACCGUGGAGGACGUGAACGACAACGAGCCCGUGUUCCCGAGACAGGUGUACAACGCCUCCCUCCCAGAGCACACCCCCGCGGGACACUGCUUCCUGCAGGUCAGAGCAUCGGAUGCAGAUGCAGGGCUGUACGGUCUCGUGGAGUAUUCGCUUUACGACGGCUUCCAAAGUGCCCAGGCCCCUCCAGCAUUCCGGAUCGACCCACACGACGGGCGAAUCUGUGUGUCUGAAGACAUGGACAGGGAACAGGGGCCGGACACCUUCGAUCUGCUGGUGAAAGCGAAGGAUGGGGGUGGGCUGAGUGCCCGAGCUUUCGUCCGGGUGGAACUGGAGGACGUGAAUGACCACCGUCCUGUGUUUAUCCCUCCCACCUACGCGGCGACCGUCAGCAGGGAGGCCCAGCCGGGCACCGAGGUCAUCACCGUCCGGGCUGAGGACCAGGACUCCGGGGCGUACGGAACGGUGGCUUAUGAGCUCCUGCCGGGGGACCUGUCGCAGCUUUUCACCAUUGACUCCGCCACAGGAAUUAUUUCCUUGACAUCCACAAUCAAUCAUUUGGAACCCACUACGCUUUUCUUGACGGUCUGCGCUCGAGACGGUGGUGGGCUCACGGCUGCUGCUAAUGCCGAAGUCACUGUGCGUGUUCUCCACAACACACUGGCUCCUGCCGAAUUUGAAAGACCUAAAUAUGCGUUCUCAGUGUACGAAGAUGUGCCUGAAGACAGUCCUGUGGGGACCGUGAGGGCAAGGGAGUCCUUGAAUUCUUCGGAACCAAUCUUUUACCAAAUUUCCUCUGGUGAUCUGGAUGGGAAGUUUUCCAUUCACCCGUGGCUGGGCACCCUCCGCACACAGAAGCCUCUGGAUCAUGAAUCACAGCCCGUGGUGGUCCUCACCAUCCAGGCCCGGCUCAGUGGCUCCCCGGCCUACAGCAGCACCCAAGUCAGUGUCACGGUCAUGGACAUCAAUGACAAUCCCCCCGAGUUCCCCACGGCCUCGGAUGAGAUUAGGAUACCCCAGAACACACCUCCUGGCACGGCCUUGUAUCUUGCACGUGCUCAAGACAGAGACAGUGGCCCAAACGGACUCAUCUGGUACACCAUUGCAAGUCCAAGCCCAAGCAUCUUCACCAUUGACCCCAGGCUUGGGGUGGUAUUUCUCCAUGGGAAUCUGGGGGGCCACAUGCCACAGACACACACACUGAUCCUUUUGGCUGAGGACCAUGGGGAUCCUGCUCGAUCAGCUCGGAUGGUCCUGACAGUAGCUGUUGAAAAACAAGAACCAAGACCAGCCCUGACCUUCGAAAAUCUGGUCUACCGAGUGGAAGUUUGUGAGUCUCUGUCGGUGGCAGCACAGAUACUGCAAAUCCAGGCCUGGCCUCUGGCCCCUCUGGGCCCCCUACGCCCACAUUUGCAGGUGAUCUAUUCUCUGGAAGCCAGUGUGGACUCUGCUGCAUUUGGGAUCCACCCUUAUACAGGCUGGAUCUAUCUGCGAAGACAACUCGACUAUGAAUCUACACAAGCAUACAGCCUUAGAGCGUUUGCCUGGAUCCCAGAGGACAAAUCGGUUCAAAAUGGGAGCACGUCAGUAACUGUUCAUGUCCUGGAUGAGAAUGACAAUUCCCCUACAUUCUCGCAUGGCCCAUUGUUUCUGAGAGUCCUGGAGAGCCCUCUCCCCCUAGGGGUCAUAGGCCAAAUCACAGCAGUGGACUCCGACUCUGGAAAGAAUGGACAACUGUCAUACUUCCUUUUGUCAGAUGGGAAAUUCUUCAAGAUGAAUACCAACACAGGUGAACUGGUCAGUUGGUCGGCAUUGGAUCGUGAGCAUCAGGGCCACCAUCAGCUGACUGUCCUGGUGACGGACCAUGGCUCCCCACCUCGGAAUGCCACCACAGUGGUUUAUGUCACAGUCACUGACACCAAUGAUAACAGGCCCUUCUUCCCCCAGUGUCUCCCUGGAAACGAAUUGUACAUCAAGGUUCUAGAAGGUCAGCCUGUAAAUACAUUGGUUACGACACUAUUUGCGAAGGACCUUGAUGAAGGAAGUAAUGCGGAAGUGAGCUAUUCUCUUUCUCCAGAAGACUCUUCUGAUCACUUUAAGAUCGAUUGCAACAAUGGUGAAAUAAGAACAAACAUGGUCCUGUCACAUGACUCCAGACCUUCCUACAGGGUGAUCGUCAUCGCUAGCGACCAAGGAGUGCCCCAGCUUCAAGGACACGCAGUUGUUAAUAUUCAGGUGUUACCGUUGCCCAAAGGCAGAGUUUUCGCCUCUCAGAACGUCAGACAUCUGGUGAUCCCGGAGAACUCGGAGCCCAUGCGAAUCCUGAGUCUGCGGCCGUCGGGGCGCCCCGCCGGCGGCGAGCCCCGCUUCAGCCUGGCCGCGGAGGACCGCGACGCGCACUUCGCGCUGGACGGCGCCACGGGGGACCUGUUCCUCGCGCGGGCGCUGGACUACGAGCGCACCUCCCACUACCUCCUGCGGGUGACCGUGCGCGACCCCGGCCCCCGCCCGCCGCGGAGCAGCACGCUCUUCCUCAGCGUCGACGUGGACGACCGCAACGACCACGGGCCGGCCUUCGCGGAGGCGCCGCUCGUGGUGCUGGGCGUGGAGGAGGACGCCCCGGUGGGCACGCUCGUGUGCAACCUCACCGCCCGCGACGGCGACGGCGGCUUCCUCAACAGCAGGCUGCGCUACUCCAUGGAGCCGCACCAGGCCGGGCCCAGCCCCUUCCUCAUCCACCCGGCCCUCGGCUCCCUGGUGACCGCGGCGCCCCUGGACCGCGAGCGCGUCCCGCGCGUCCCCCUCACCGUCACCGCCUCCGACCGGGCCGCCAACCUGACGGACCGCCGCCGGCGCUCGCUCGUGGCGCACGUGCUGAUCCUCGACGUGAACGACCACAGCCCGGCCUUCGUGUCUCCGCCUGUGGCCUGCGUGAGAGAGGACGUGCCCGUGGGCUCCGCCGUGCACCACGUCCGAGCGCACGAUCCCGACCAGGGCAGGAACGGCAGCGUCACCUACAGCAUCCUCUCUGGAGACGGCGGUGGCGAGGCCUUCGUGCUGGAUGCAGCCUCAGGCCUACUGAUCACAGCUCGUCCUUUGGAUUAUGAAACCAGAACUGAGUACCUCCUGACCAUCGAGGCCCGGGAUGGUGGCACGCCAGCUCUGUCCUCUUCCCAGACAGUGACUGUGACUGUCCUUGACGUGAAUGACCAGGCCCCGCUGUUCACGCAGCCGCUGUAUGAAGCUUCCCUUAGAGAAAAUCAGAGUCCAGGAGUGCUGGUCACAAGGGUUGAAGCUGAGGACAGAGAUUCAGGAAUAAAUUCCCAACUUCAGUUUGAAAUCAUGCCAGGCACCUCCUCUGGGUUUUUCGAGAUCAAUCCUGACAGUGGAGAGGUGACCACAGCUAUCAUACUGGACAGAGAAAUUCAGGAAGUUUUCACCCUUCUAGUGCUUGUGCGGGAUAAGGGAACCCCUGAGCUGUCCAGCACCACAACAGUUCUUUGCACUGUUGAAGAUGAAAAUGACCACGCUCCGGAAUUUAUGGUCCCUGACCAUGACAUUGAGGUCCUAGAAAACCAAGAGCCAGCGGUUGUUUAUACUGUGUGGGCCUCUGAUAAGGAUGCUGGCAAUAAUGGAACUGUCAGAUACCACAUCAUCCAUGGGAACAUCAACGGCUCCUUCUCUAUUCAUGAGAUGUCAGGAGAGCUCUCAACCACGCGUGCCCUCGACAGGGAGCAAGGCAGCAGUUUCACCCUGUCCAUCCUCUGCUCUGACUUGGGGCAUCCACCUCGGAGCUCUGUGCUGCAGCUGCAAGUCAGGGUUUUGGACGACAAUGACAACAGCCCCUCCUUCCCUCUGCUGUAUUACCAGUCUUCCGUGAGAGAAGAUGCUCAAGUGGGAACUGUGGUUCUGAUCCUGUCAGCUGUGGACAGGGAUGUGGGCCCCAAUGGGCAGACAGAGUACUUUCUGAUGGACGAGUCUUCCAGCACGUUCACCAUUGAUUCUGCAGCAGGCACCCUGAGAACCAGGCUGACACUGGACCGGGAAACCACAUCUCGCUAUACAUUUCGGGCUGUAGCCAGAGACUGUGGCAUCCUGGGCUCCAGAAGUGCCACAGUAACUGUAGACAUAGCUGUCACCGAUGUUAAUGACAAUGACCCCGUUUUGGAACAGAACCCUUUUGAUAUCUUUCUUUCACCCCAGUUGCCAACAAACCACACGAUUGCUUUUUUGAGAGCCCAUGAUCCAGAUGUGGGGCCCAACGGAACUGUUGCUUUUAGUUUUGCUGAUCCCCAAUCGAUGGUUUCUAUUGACACAUAUACUGGAAAAAUCACACUUCGGCAAAAUCCAUCUUUAGAACACUUUCCUAUCUGGUUACGGUUAAAAGUCAGUGAUCACGGGGCCCCCGCCAGGGCUACCACCGGCCUCGUGGUCAUUCACAUGGAAGGAGAAGCUGUGAAGAUUUCCUUCAGCCAUCCCUUAUAUAAAGCAUUUGUGAUGGAAAAUUGUGAGGCAGGUACUUCUGUUGUGACUGUAGAAGCUUUCGUUCCUGAUUCAAUCCAAGACAGUAUUGAAUAUUCAAUUGUUAGUGGAAAUGAAGAUGGAAUUUUUUCCCUGGGUUCCAAAUCAGGACAUCUCACUGUGAAAGAACCCAGAUCCCUUGAUUUUGAAAUCAGGAGUGAAGUACAACUCAUCCUUUUAGCUGAAAGCAGACAGCAGAGAGCCUACAGCAAAGUAGUUGUCUUGAUACAAGAUGAGAAUGAUAAUUUCCCACAGUUUGGGCAAAGAGUUUACCAAGCAUCAGUGUCUGAAGGCCAGCCCUAUAACACUCAUGUCAUACAGGUGUUGGCUUCUGACCCGGACAGUGGGUUGAAUGGCCGGGUUGAGUAUUCCUUUGUCUCUGGCAAUGAAGAAGAAACUUUCCACAUUGAUGCCACCAGCGGGGUGAUAACCACAAGGGCAGAUCUGGAUUAUGAGUCCAUCAGCUCCUACAGCUUGAUCGUGCAAGCCACAGAUCAAGGCGUGCCCCGGCGUUCUGACACGGCUGUGAUCAGGGUCCAGGUGAUUGACAGAAACGACAAUGCCCCCACUUUGCUCACCUUGGAUGCAGUAGAACUUGCAGAAGAUUCCUUGCCUGGUGUCAUGGUGACUCAGGUUUCAGCUCGUGAUGUGGAUGAGAAUCCAGCUUUCAUCUUCAAGAUCCCCAAGGCGAGCAGUCCUGAAACCAAGUUCGCUAUCCGCCAGGACACGGGAGAAGUGGUGUUGAUUCAGCCACUGGAUUUUGAAGAAGCUACAGAACAUGAGCUGUUGAUCCAGGUUUCUGAUUCAGUGCACCACACACAGGGGUCCCUCCGCAUCCAGGUGUUGGACGUCAAUGACAACCCACCGGUGUUUGCUCAAGAAAUCUACCAGGUGGCAGUUCCUGAAUCUGUACCUCUGGGGCACUCAGUCUUGUCUGUGUCAGCCACAGAUGUAGAAAGCAAUGAGGACAUUUCUUACAGAAUCAUUUCUUCUCCUCAGGAGUUCGCCAUUGAUCCUAUGAACGGCACCAUAUUUACUAUCAGUUCUGUCUUACUUCUGGGUAAGACGUCAACGGUGCGGUUCCUUGUGGAAGCCAGCGAUGGCGGAACUCCUCCCCUGACGGCUCUCACAUUAGUGGAGAUAGACAUAGCAGAUCUGAAUGACCACGCCCCGGAGUUUCCUGUGGGACUCUAUAAUCUUAGCGUGAGUGAAGACACACCCAUUGGAAGCACACUCAUCACAUUUUCAACUACUGAUCAUGAUUGGACGCUUGACAACACCCUUGUUGAGUAUUCCAUCAUCGGUGGUCAAUCACAAAACAUCUUCUGUGUAGAAACUCAUUUCCUUCACUCAGAAUACCCUUUUCAGCAAGUGGGUGCUCUUGUGUUGCUUCAAAGUCUAGACAGAGAAACCAGGGACAGCCACCAGCUUGUCAUUCUUGCGUCUGACCGUGGCUGGCCUCCGUUGAGUUCCACAAUGGUGGUAUCCAUCCAAGUGCUAGAUGUUAAUGACAGUCCCCCAGAAUUCACCAGUCUGGACUACCAUGCCCACGUCAAGGAAAGUACCCCUGUCGGAAGCCACAUCAUUAUGAUCUCAGCGCAUGACAGUGACCUGGGUUCCCACGCAGAAAUCGUCUAUGACAUCAUCUCUGGAGACGAGAAGGGACAUUUCCACUUAGAGGCAAAAACUGGAAUUUUUUAUCUGGCUAAGCCUCUGGAUUAUGAAGAAAUCACCCAGUUUACUCUCACUGUCCGGGCCUCUGAUGAAGAGAGGAAACAGUUUGCUUUUUCGCUUGUGUCGAUCCACGUCUUAGAUGAUAAUGAUCACAUGCCUCGGUUUUUGUCCUCAAGCGUGAAUUGUGUUGUUCCGGAAAAUCAGCCCGUUCCUUUCCCCGUAUGCUCAGUCGAUGCUGUGGAUUUGGAUUCGGGUCCUUAUGGGGAAGUGACCUACUCUCUUCUGUCACCCUGUUUUGUCACCCACGGAAUGCCUGCUGCCCAUGAUCUCUUUGUCAUUGACCCUUUCACAGGUGACAUCCAUGCUAAGCAAAUCCUUGACUAUGAAAGAAUCGAUUCAUACUGCCUCGUGGUUCAAGCCAAAGAUAGAGGCGGCUUGGCCACGUCCGUAACGCUCUGGGUGGAGGUGGAGGGGGUGGAUGAAUUCGAGCGUUUUACUCAAGAUCAGUACUUUUUCAGUCUCCCUGCCAAGAGUGGAGGAAGACAGCCGAUCGGCAGAGUGGAAGCCUUCGAUGCCGACGCAGGCGCCGAUGGGGUAGUCCUCUACUCCCUGCAACCUGCGUCUCCUUUCUUUUCGGUGAACAAAACAAAUGGCAAUAUUUACUGGAUGGGAGCCUCCCCCUUUCUCAACAGUCACGCGGGCAAGGAAGAUACCUUUGAAAUGAAAAUCAUGGCUCAUAGUCCCAAACCAGGCUCCAGGUUCACACUGUGCCGCGUGUUUGUGAAUGGGUCCUUAGCCUCGGAAGGAAACCUGGCCACGGCGUCUGCCCACAGCUUCUCCGUCAGCCUCGCGGUCUCCUCUUUGGUGUUUCUGUUCUUCUUCUGUGCUCUCAUUUUCCUGAUCUUAAGACAUAAGCAAAAAGAAGACGUGCCACGCGGUGACGAGGAGAAGAAGACCUCCUCCAACCUUGAGAGCAGCUUGAGGAUGCCAGAGGAUGCCAGCCUGCGCCAGGCCUUCCGGGAGGGGAAGGAGGGCGGGGACGAGGCGGGGCCUGGGGCCACCGUGCCCGAAUGGUUGGGCUUAAUGAGCAUCCUGCAGCACGACACUGCCCACGCGUACAGACACUCACACUCCAGUGGCCGCUGCUCUGUCGAAGGCGAAACGGCAGAAGACAAGGAAAUCCAGCAGAUCAACGAACAUCCUUACCGAAAGGACUCGGGCUCAGCGCUGAGCGAUCGGGGAUCCAGGGUCCCCGACUCAGGAAUCCCUAGGGACUCAGACCAGCUCUCCUGCCUAUCCGGGGAGACGGACAUCAUGGCUGGUGCUGAGGUAGCAGAGUCCAGCCACACAUUUGAGGGGGGAGGUGGAGGCCCAGGCUCAGUAUAUGUCCAAGAUCAUGCGUUACCCCAGGCACUUCCGUGGAGAGACACGAGCCAGGGGGUGCAGGCUGAUGGCAGGAGCGAGUUCCUGUCAGAGGAUCAGGAGGCCAGAGGCACCCCCUUGUCACCUCCCCUCACACGUGAUCACGAGGUCAGGGGCAGCGACGUGUGGAGCUGCUUGCUCCGGUGGGAACCCGCCUUCCAGCCUCUCGCUUCGGUGUUUAAUGACCUUGCAAGACUGAAGGAUGAAAGUGCACCUGUGCCUGGCGUUCUGAGAGAGAAGAAGUCCUCCGUGGGUCUACCGCCUCUGAUCACAGCCGUAGCACAACCUGGCAUUAAAGCAGUUCCACCCAGAAUGCCGGCCGUGGCCGCAGCCCAGGCCCUGCCAGCGUAUCCCCGCUCCCCCGCGCUCUACCAUGGCAGCCGUCUGCCAGAAGCCAUGGCCCCCAGCUUUACCCCGUCUCUUUCACUUCUAACCCUCCAGGCUUCUGCCACAGUGCCAGAAUUAUUAGGAACACACCGAAGUGGUACAUGCCUUGAACUGGAAGCAGGAGAUGAAGUUCAAAUCUAAACCAAUAUGGUGCCAACUCGCUGCUCAACAACAUGUUCUCAAAUAAGCCCUGGGGGACUGGGCUCAUUCCUGACAUCUACACCGGAGUUUUAAGACCUCUUCAGUGAAGUUCCUCUGAUUUCUUCUAGCCUUAGUAUGAAGUUAUUUCUUCUGUGAGCCGUUUAUGGUUUGUUCUCAGGACUUACGCAACUUGGAUUUGUAGUUAGUGUCUAUCUAUUCUGCCCUGCCUGGCUUUGGGGAUGGUUAGAUUUCCAAAUGCAUUCCUGUGAAUAUUACUGACUGCCAAGACCAAUGCUAUGGAAACGAAGUACAG